AUGUGGGCUGCGUUCCACCGCCGCGUCUCACCCUCGUCCCUUCACUUUGCCUCUGUACGGUUGACCGAACAACGCGCGCAUUCUGGCGUUCGAGGGUGGCCGUCACGACGGGACUCGCCCCCUACCAAACAUAACCGUUCUAGCUUCCCUGGGCGAUAUAGUCCUUCGUGUACAAGAUACGCUUCGUCGUUCUGGACAUUUGCUGUUGCUACUGCUAUUGUAUUUGGCGGCUUAGGGUUGCGACAUAUUUAUUGGGCGCCGGAUAAAUCUAGCAUCGUUUCUAGGAUUCUUUUCGAGGACGAAGAAGCAGCAGGGACAGAAAAAGACGAAAUGUCGACAGAUCCGGCGCUUAGCGGGCGCGUUGGUCACCUUACAUACCAGGAGGAAACGAAACUUAGGGAGUUUUGGGCGGUCCUUUUCAAGAUAUUCAAAAUCAGCCAGGCUGAGAGCGUCGGAGUCGAGUGGGCGGAUAGUUUAUUACCUCUCCAAAAAACCCAAAGCACAACUGCGAACACGACGGACACCUCCUCCGUGACCUCGAAGAAGAAGACAGUCACAAAGAAACGGUUUGGCUUCUUCGGUAGAUCUAACGAGACUGUGGAGGAGAAGGAAGAAAUUUCGACCACCAGUGGUCAAACUGUGGCUAGCCAGUUCAAGAUGGUGGACGAUGACGAUAAAUAUGGGCUGAACAAGGAGUUCUUGACUGCUUUAGCCAGUCAAUCACCCGAGGAGCUACGGACGGCCUUCUGGAAUGCGAUUAAGCAAGAUAACCCGGACGCUUUCUUGCUUCGAUUCCUCCGGGCAAGGAAGUGGGAUGUCCAGAAAGCCCUGGUGAUGUUGAUAUCUACUCUUAGAUGGAGAUCUCAGGAGUGGAAGGUGGACGAUGAGAUCGUGUUUAAAGGCGAGGCUGCGUUCCAUGAGAACAGCAAGAGUGACGACCCCACCAAGAAAAAGGAGGGCGAGGAUAUGCUUCAUAUGCUUCGAAUUGGCGAGGCAUAUUGCCGUGGCAAGGAUAAGCUCGGCAGACCGAUUUGCUAUACCAAUGUCCGGCUUCAUCGUAUUGGUGCCUAUUGCCAAUCUGCUAUUGAGAAAAACAUCAUUUUUCAAAUCGAGACCUGUCGCCUGAUGUUGGACUCGAGAAUAGACACCGCUGACUAUAUACCCGUUAAAUUCAUCAUCAAAUGCUUCGAAGCCAACUAUCCUGAAAGCCUCGGUGCGAUUCUCGUCCAUAAAGCACCCUGGAUAUUUUCCAGCUUCUGGGCAAUCAUCAAGGGCUGGCUGGAUCCCAUAGUCGCUUCGAAAGUCCACUUCACAUCGAACUACCAAGAACUAGAAAAAUUUAUUGCCAAGGAAGCCAUUCCCCGAGGCCUUGGGGGUAGUGAUGACUACGAGUACAAGUACAUAGAGCCCAAGGCUGGCGAAAAUGACCAAAUGAAAGACACCGCUAAAGCUGCCGCACUCAAAGAUGAACGAGUUAAGAUCGUUGAUGAGUUUCAAAAGACGACGCUAGACUGGAUAAACAUUUCUUCCAACGCCGCAGAUAAGGCUGAAGAUAUUAAAAAGCAGAGGCAAGAUAUCGCCUCGCGACUGAGUGAUUUCUACUGGAAGCUUGAUCCAUAUAUCCGAGCGCGCUCCGUCUACGAUCGUAUAAGGGAUGCCGAAAAUGCAGCCGCUGCUGUUACAGCAACGAAAACAGAGGCUUCCCCUGUGAAGGCGCAGGAGCAGACCACAGUGUCGGAAAAGUCUGUAACAGAUACACUCGGGCCUCAAAGCCACGUUGUGGAGACACCGGUUGUGGCUGCGGCUGCGGCUAACUAG